AUGGCUGUAUCGCAAUUAUCAUCAAUCUCAGAAUCAUUCCAAAAACUUCAAAAUCCCGUAGAAGUUCCAAUUCCUUACGAAACGCAAAUAUCGAAAAAAUCUGCCGUAGCAUUAUCUGAACGAUCAUGUACUGUUUGUUUGGAACUAAAACCAAUACAACAAUACGAAGUAUAUGCUAACACGAACUGCUCACAUCCAACUCGAACAAUAUGUGAUAUUUGCAUGUAUGAAUAUGUACGCAAUACUUGGAAUAUUGCCAUAGAUGUUCAAUGUCCGGAAUGUUCUGCCUCUUUACCACAUGUUAUAGUUAAACAAAUACUUAUUGGCAAUAAUGAUGAUGCCCUCUAUGAACGUUUCGCCAAAUUAAAUCUUGAUCGAUCACUCGAACAACAUCCGGAAUUCAUUUGGUGUGCUCAUGGAUGUGGUUCCGGUCAAUUAAAUGAAGGUGGCACUAUGAAUAUGACUGUCAUAUGUACUAAUUGUCAGAAAUCAACUUGUUUCAAACAUCGAUCUCCGUGGCACGAAGGAAUGACUUGUGAAGAGUAUGACAUGCCUCGGAAUGCUGGUCAACAACACGCUAGUGAACGUUGGAUCAAUGGCAAUACAAAAGCAUGUCCAAAAUGCCAUGCACAUAUCGAAAAGAAUGAAGGUUGCGAUCAUAUGACAUGUGCUAAAUGUAAACAUGAAUUUUGCUGGCAAUGCUUGGUAUCUUAUGCAGUUAAAAAUAGUAAUAUAUUUGAAUAUAUCUCGGCUCUGUUUCAAGGAAGCGAACACUAUGCAAUUCCACCCAGUGGCCAAGAACACUGGGGUCGUGUAACUUGGAAUAAGAUGCACAUUAAACGAACUUCACCGUCGUAUGUAGAUAUUACUACUGAUUUAUAUCACAAUAGGUGCGUUCAUUUUUACAAUGAAGGGCAUGUUACGGCUGCACAGGUAUAUGGAUGGGAUCAUAUUCACGUUCGCAUACCAAAACAAAAAAAGGGGGAGCAUCGAACAAAAUUUGGCCGUUUGAACAAUUCUCAAACUCAGACUACAAUGACGAGUAGUAGUGGUGCGGAAAAAUCAUUACUCAUCAACUUGCUUCGUGGCAUUCCUGAUUUUAUACUGUCAGCCGGAAGAUUUACUGAAACCGAACAUAAAAUCGUUAAAGAAACCACAGAUUGA